AUGCCUGAUCAGCUGCCCGACGUUUCCGGUCUUCUUGCCCUCCUGGAAAGGUACCGGGCCCCCAAGCCGUCCGGCCUUCCAGGAGGGUUCGCGACUGAAGAAGAGAUUGCCUUCGCCGAGAAGGACUCCCCCAUCAAGGGGGAGCGUAUUGCCCCUGGUCCUUGGCCAGACUUCUCCCAUCCCUCCUCCCCUCCUCUCCCUCCACCCUCCUCUGCCUCAUCCCCUCCUCCUCAGCGCCCUGGGAAGCGCAAGAG